GGAAAAAGGCUAGUGUAGGGGGUUUACCUAUCAGCAAAUGUGUCUGUCAUGUGUACCAGGAAAGAAAACGUUGGGUGGCAAAGUCACGUUUGAUUAUUUUGUGGGACAAAAAUAGAUGAUUGGCAUUCCUCCUUGCAGGCUUGGAAGACACACUUAACAGGAAACACUAAAUCACAACACAAUCAAUAGUUAAACAGAGAUUUACAGUAACGUCCGUCAGCCCGAAAUGGUGCGCGGUCCCUUUAAGAGAAACAAAACAAUUGUUUACUUCCGGUAUGGUAGCGUUAGCAUUUAUCUACUUUAAGACUCAAAUAAAUGAUGAGGUCAAGGCUUUAAAUGGUAUAUAAAAGUGUUGCAGACAUUACGUAAGAGACAGUGGGGCUGUCGUAAAGGUGUUAUUGUUUUAAGGGUUUCGCUGAAACGUUUUAUGAUGGCAGCUAGAAAAAGAAAGAUGCUACCAUUGACACAUGAAACAGCAGUAAAUAAACAUCAAAACCGGACCGAUUUGACACUAAAUGUUUCACCUGCCAAGCUGAAGAAGACAUUUGAAAAUGCUCAAAGUGCUGAGACGGAGCACAGCCACUAUUUCACCAAUGACCUGCAGCACAGACUGGGGGAGGAUGUGUUCAAACAACCCUGCAUCAGUUUGGCCAAAGCAUUCAUCGGCAAGGUGUUGGUCCGCCGGUGUGCGGAUGGCACUGAGCUGCGAGGGAGGAUAGUGGAAACUGAAGCUUACCUUGGAGGGGAGGACAAAGCUUCACACUCAGCAGGAGGCAAACGCACUGAGAGGAACAAAGCCAUGUUCAUGAAGCCUGGCACGAUCUAUGUGUAUCCAAUCUAUGGCAUCUACCUCUGUAUGAACGUGUCUAGUGAAGGGGAGGGUGCUGCCGUGCUGCUGCGCUCCCUCGAGCCCCUGCAGGGUCAGCCCGUCAUGAGGCAGCUGAGGGCGGCCAGACGCAAAGAGGGAGCCCGACAACUGAAGGACAAAGAGCUCUGCAACGGGCCUUCGAAGCUGUGCCAGGCUCUAAAUAUACCACGCUCUUUUGACCGUCGAGACCUCGCCUCAGACCCGGAGGUGUGGCUGGAGAAGGACGGCAGCACAAAUCCAGCAGAACCCCACAAUAUAGUAUCAGCGCCACGCAUUGGGAUCGAGUCCCACGGGGAGUGGGCCAAGAAGCCCUGGCGGUUUUAUCUUCGUGGGCACCCCUGUGUUAGCGUAGUGAACAAAGAGGCAGAAAGACAGUCUGGAAAUGUAAUGAACAAUUAAGGUCCCUCAGAUGUGCAGUCUGACUCUGGACGGCACAAUGUCAAAAGGACGUAACAGGAAUAUUCCUGAAACUCCUGCCAUCUGUUCCUUUUGUGGACUUCACCAAAAAAACUUAAGCAGAAAGUCAACAUGGUGGAAUAACCUACAUGACUGGGUGAACGUCUACUUAUACUACACAACAUGUAUUCAUGGUACUGAUGUUGUAACUAUUAUAUUAGAAUUACAUCAGCUCGAGUAAGACUCAAUGUAUCAGUGCGUUAAUGUACCUUUACUCACUCAUGAGUCUUCUUUGUGCAGGUCAAUCUGUUUUUUAAUAAACAUUCAUACUUUGGAAAUUCUCCUCUCAGUGAUUUCACAGAUGUUUGGAGCGCUCCGCUUCUCUCAAAGCAGAAGCUGCCCGUCUGAUGUUGAGUCUUUCCUUUCUUGCCGCUUUUCUCUCCUCACCUCUGGGAUAGCUGAGGAGAGGUAGCUGGAGGUCUGGAAUGAUCAUUACUCAGUGUGACCCUCUGUGGUCAGUACAGCUUCUCUAACACAUCUGGAACAGUGAAGUGAAGCCACCACUACAAGGUUGAGGCAUUUCUGGUAUGUACAAAAUAAUUUAAUAUUGUAAACAAACAUUUGGCUCAUAAAGGAAACACAAUUUUGUAAAUCUACACACUUUAAAACAACACUGUUGUGUAAGAGCACUUCGCUGUGAGCACAGCAGGCUAUUAACGGCUCUCAAACUGACGUCUUUUCCAGUUGGUGAGAGCUGAUACUGUCUCUGUGCCACUACUCCAUGGGUGACUGAAAGAUUGAAAUAAUAGGAUCCUCAUGGUUGGUCACCACAAGGACACUGCGGAACUUGUCAAACAGCGUCUUGAGCUGCGAGCGCCUCAUGUUCUCAUUGUACAUAAUCUCUUCCAGGUGGUGAUGUCCCCGGAAAUAGUGCAGCAGCCUGGAAGCAGUCAACAUGACAGGCAGAAAAGAGUUGUAUUGAAUCAUUAGCGGCGUAAAUCAACCAUGAGACGGGACUGCUUUCUUGCUGUGCAGUAGAUGGCACACAACACUGGAUACCGGAUUAGGAAGAUUUCUAGACAUUUCCUGUUUGGAACAUGCACAGCACUAACAACUGGCAAAUGAUCUCAACUCUCCAGCCAAUAUUUAUAAUUACAUUUCCUAAUAUUCUGUAAAUGCAAUUAAAAGCACUUACAAAGAACUAAUGCACAAAUAUCUCCUCACUAAUCCUAACUAAAACGUAUCCCAUCUGUCGCUUUUAGACUGUAUGACAACAGCGAUUGUUUAUUGCAUGUAUGUGUGAGAUGGGUAGAAUAAAAUCUUGGUCGAAAUCUGUUCAAUAUCAAAUUGAUUGACGACUUAAGAUUUCUCUCAUGAUUGUCUCAGACAGCACAACAACGCACACCGUAAAGGUGCCUUUAAUCUAACUGUCUAAAAGCAGAACAAUAAGAAACAAUUGAUUUACUACCAGUAAAGAACAUAACUAGACUUUUGGCUUAAUUACCUGGCAAACAUCCGCAGAUCCUCUGGAUUUUGUGCAGCAGGGAUGUUAAGAAUAACCUGCCUCUCGUGCUCCGACAGGCUGGCAAGCAGUGUCUCUGUCAUCCUCUUGUUGAGCGGGGAGUCCCCACCAGGUAGUAGCUCUGCACUGGAGUUGUCCAUGCUGGGACUGGUGAGGGUCAUAUCAUCACUGCUGGCUAUACACAGGAAGCAGACAUAUUAUCGUUGAUUAUAUAUCGCCAUGUUAUACCACUGAGAGUUGGGCCGAGGAGGGAGAUGAGAGAGGACAUACUUGGGGAACCGAAGCUGAGAGCGCUCGGGGUGCUGAGACUGCGGCCUCCUACUCGGGCAGCUAGUGGAGGGUCUUCAUCCCUCAACCCGGGCUCAUCCUCGCUGGGCGGUACCAACAGGCAGACGUAAGUGUGCAGCUGGAUCAGGAGGCGACGCUGAAGCAUCCACACCACCAUCUGGAUCAGCUGAGCCUGGUCAGGAGCAGAGCACAGGAGAAACACUGAACAAGUGAAGCUGAUGUCCCGAACCAGGUCAAAUGUUUUAAACCAGCCACAGGUACCACACAAGCUCAAAAUAGAGUCAAAAUAAAGAGCCCUGGCUCUGAUCUUGUUCUCAUGAAAAAUGGAGACUGCAGACGCUGGAGCUGAUGUCCCUUUUCCAUUUAUAAUUCAGCGCCGACGCUCGAGCAGCGAUGCCAAAACCAGAUGGGUCGGAGGAGAACAGCAGAUGGUUCUGCUCAUACAAUGCUGUACCUGCAUUUACACGACUGUUCUAUAUGUCACAGGGAUUUACCAGAGAACUACACUUUCACUUUUGUUUUCUUCGUACAAAAAUGUCUUGUGUUUUUGUUUACAAUGUUAAAGGCAA